AUGGAGACGGGCGGGUGCCGCAUGAGCGGCGCGGAGCCGGGCGCCCCGGCGAUGAUCACGCUGGAAGACCUGGACGGGAUGGCGGAGGAGAGCCCCGACUCUGCGUACCACAGCAACGGCAGCAGCCUGGAGGAGGAGGCCGAGCGCAUGGAGGACGAGGAGCAGGAGCGGCUGCUGAGCUACUGGCAAAGCGUGGGCCGGGGGCACCAGGUGGACGUGCCACGGGACAUGGCAGAGCCCAUCCAGCAGCUGACCAGAAACAACAACCCCCAGGGCAGACAGACCAUCCCCUUUACUCUGAUCCAGCGCAAGGAAAAGCUUGGAGAUCUGCUUUAUGAAAAACGUCAGUAUGGAAAAGCCAAGUGGGCUUGUAUAAAAAUGAAAGAAAAACAGUAUGAACAGAGCAUAUGCCUUGGAUUCAUGAAGCUCAUGAGGUACAUCUGUGAGCAGAACUCCUCAGGACUGUACUUGGGGAUAACAAUACCCAUUGUGACCAUAGUCCAUACAAAUGAAUCGCAGUCAGAGAUGACCCAGUCAGUGACCGUAGCUUAUUACCUGCCUGAAGUGCUACAAGACGAGCCACCUCAUCCUUUGGACUCUGACAUUAUCAUUGAAGAAUGGCCUUCUACUAUUGUCUACAGCAGGAGCUUCAGAGGAAUCACCAACGAAGACUCUAUAAUGAGAGAAAUAAACCUGUUGGCAGAAAUUCUGGAGAGCCCCGAGCUGUGUUUGCAGGAUACGUUCAUCAUCGCAGGAUACACAAAUCCAGCUGCUGCCAACCGACACAAUGAGAUUUGGUUCCUGCAGAGGCCAUAGCCUCCCCUCCUGGCGCCUGGACGCCAUGACAGGCAGUUCCGAUUUACUGGCAGAAUCUUACACACCAAUCAUGUAAGACUAGAUGUCAGAGAUCUUAGAAAUGGGGCUUUUAGCCAGUUUCAAAAAGGCAAUCACUCCAAUUCAAUAGCCAAACAGAAGUAACACGUGAAACACACAGUUUUCUGUCAACCUUUACAGUUUUUACACAGUUUUUAUGGAGAAU